UGUUGGGAUGACCCUGCCUGUUGUUGGUCAGAUACCACAAUUGCUAGGUGUCAAGACUCAUUCAUUGUAAUGUACCUUCAUGUAUUUUUGGUACAGUUGGUUUUAGUAAUUACUUAUUAGCAAAUACAUUAAGUUUGAAAAACAUUAACACAUAAAACAAGCGUGCACACACACAAGCACAACAUGCAAGAUCCUUCCUCAUGCAGUCAUCCCGUUUAAUAUACGUGAAACUUUGCUUAUCUUUGCAUAUUUGGGAUUCAGCAUUUGUGUCUUAAAAAAAUAUUAAUUUUUCCUCCCGAAAUACGUUGCGAUUUAUUUACAAAAUUCAUGUCUCAUUUAGUUGAAGUUGGUAAUAAUUAAUAAAUACAUGAUAUUAAAGCACAAUGCAUGCCCUGCGACCCUAGUGAGGGUAAGCAGCAUAGAAAAUUGGUGGAUGGAUAAUAUAUAUAUGAUAUUAUAUUCUAUGAUAUUAGAUUUGCAUACUGUAAUUACAAUGUAAAUAUAUUUACACAAGUGACAAUUGUAAAAUAGUGUAUUAAAAGGUGUUGAUGGGCUGUAUGUACAGAAUGUAUAAAAAGUAGGCAUAAUGUUGUGUUUUAUGUCAUAUGUAUUUUUUCAAUAACAUUUUCAAUAUACAAAAGAAGCAUGUUCUGCUUCACAGUAGGAGCCAAAUUAAAAAAAAUAUGCUCAUGAAAAAUGAACAAAACUAGUAAUUAUGUCCAUGGAUGUGAGGUAUGAAGUUUUUUUUCAUUGGAUGGUUUUAUUAGACACUCAAACACACACACACAGCCAUGCACACACUCACACACACAUGCACACUGCAUAGUUAUUUCCGUGCUGGCUGACCUACAAAUGUUAACAUGUAGUGCAUGCCUGCAAGGCACAUGAGGUUGCAUUCUCUCUGUCACUCUUCCCCUUUUAAUUUGUUUCCCUUCUUACUUUUUCCUCAACCCUCUUCUUUAGUCAGCCAUAAUAUUAAUUAUAACUAUGCUUAAUGUUAUAAUUAAUGUUAUCAUAAUGUUAUGAGCCAGAGCGCCUUUGGCAAUAGCAGGUGUAUUCACUUGUGUGUGAUGCAUGAGCGUGAGCCAGCUGCUCAUUGCCAAUCAAAUAAGAUAAAACUCAUCUCUAAGACUUUUCUAAGACAUUAUCGUCAUGCCAGUAAAUUGAAACGCUCCAGUUUCCUGUGAAGGCACGAGACAUCGUAUUUACACCUCUUUUUAAGUAGGCUUAUAGUGUAAGAAGAGGAACAUACACUCCCUACUGCUUUCAUGUCUUUGCAUUAUUCAUUUGACUUGUCCACCUGCAUCAUUUUCUGAACAUCGACUCUCUGGUCUUGUAUUUGCAGCCUGUAUCUGUGCAGGAAAACAACCAUCAAUGGCAUAUUUACACAUUACCAGCCAAGUCUUGUGGAUGCUUUUGCAUCAGCUGUAUGCUUUUCAUAAGCAUGCAUCUAUUUUAAUUUUUUUGUUACAAAAAAUACAUUAAAAUGUGAGUUGCUGGCACUGACAUUAUUCAAGUAUGAAUAAAGAGAAUUAAAUUUGAGUAUGGUAUGGUAUACACCAGCCAUGACCAAAUGGCAGACCUCAGUCCAGAACUGGACCUAGUGAUAGCUCCUUACGGACCCGAAACCAAUUAAGUGAAUGAGAAAUAUAAUAAUAGCAUAUGGUCAUGCUUGCGGACCAAUCACAGCGGCAGUUUGCGUGUGUAAUUACAUCAGGCAUCAGUAAUUAAAUUUGAUAUUCAUUUGAGCUUGUCAGUUUGGUGCAAUUUAAGGCAAAAUAACGUUUUGAAAAUAAAAAAUUGCGUCAGUCCGUACCUUACUCAAUUUUAAUUGAAGACCCCUGGUAUACAUGUAUACUGUAGCAUAGUUCCCCCCUGCCUCUCAAAGCGCCCCCCCCAACCCUGACACUCAACUCAAGCACUGCACUCGGUAAUGCUCAAGCAUUAAAUAACAUGAUUCAAUUUUUAAUUAUAUUUAUCUACUGGAAGGACGUGUCUCGGCCAUUGAGAGUCUUUCUCAUUAACUUUUUAAUACUUUACACAUCUCUUCUCUUCUCCUUGAACAUGAUGACCAUUCAGGUCAAAGGAUGCAGAACAUUGCUGCCACUCGCAGAGGGGAAGAAAAGUUGAGAGGAGGCAAGAUAUGGUAUUAGAGACAUUUAAUUCAUUUCCUCAUGUCUCUCUAUGCAGGUCGGAUUCUUUCUGCCCCUCAUUGAUAUUGCAGUUGAGAGGCGGGCCAAGAGAGGCAGUGAAGCAUAGAACACGGGGAAGAGAGAGCGAAAGAGAGAGAGUGGGAGAGACAGUCACACAGGGGAGAGAGGAGAAAAUCGAGGGGGAGAGAGAGAGAGGAGCAUAGCCAUACAACGACAGAGGCAAACAUUCAGAUAGUGAGAGAGGAGAUGGAUGACUGGGACAGCUGCUGCAAAGAAGGACAAGAGAGACCACAUCUAUACUGACACUUGCAUACAAGGACUUAUGCACACACACACACAAAUGCUGACAACAACAGCACACACACGUGCUGACAUUUUUUUAAAGCCAUACAGUGAAGUAGAUUGGCCAUGUUUCUCCAUGCCUCCUAACAAUCUUUGAGGAUUAUGCUGAUGAAGAUUAUGGUGAAGAUGAGAACGAGCGAGAGGGAGAGGAUGCUGGCCUGCCAUAGCUGAGGACCACACUCAGGCGGUGGGGGGGCAGGGCGGUGGAUUGUGGGGCAGGAUGGAGCAUGGCUUCAAGAAGUCAUGCAUGUGCGUUUGUGUAUGUUUGUGAGUGCGACUGUAUGCCUGUGUCUAUGUUGAAUGUGUGAGUGCAGGCGAGGAUGCCCCCCCAGCGCAGGACUAGCUAGCUAACGUUAGCCACAUGUUGUGCCACUGCAAAGUAGCAUGCACCAACAACACCAUAUCUCUGAUGUUUGGAUGCAAGAAGUAUCGAUACCCAGAAGAAGAAGGGGCAUCCCUAGGUGCACCAAAAUUUCACCAGCAUACCUGUCUUCAGCACCCUAUGGGAGUUGCCGGAGAGCUGACUGAUGGAGGGACUCUCGGGAGGGAUGGGAUGGAUCAGGGGACCUGGAGAAGAGAGGGCGGGGGAACUGGAACUUUGGAGAGAGAUAUGGGAAGAGAUGUGGAAAGAUCACUAAUGAGAGAUGGAUCUCUCAGGCGACACUGUGAUCUCCGGGGGGCAGAGCUUGUUCAGGUUGCGGAGCGACAGCUCUCUCAGAUUCAGCACGUCCACGGAUACGUCACUCACACACACAUCGAACCUGCUCAGGAAGAAUCUCCAGAUGCUCCAUUUGAUGGUGAGGUGCGGCCUUACCUACAGGGGGACAAUAUGAAUGAAGCCCUAGCCCCACCAUUCUCCUCCCUCUAUUCUAAAAGCCAUGCCCGCUACAAGGCCAAUCCCCCUCCCGUGGUGGUCAACACAGACAGUGUCGACACUCCCCCCUAUGUCAAUGGAACAGAAGCAGACUAUGAAUAUGAGGAAAUCACAAUGGAGCGGGGUAACUCGGGCUUGGGCUUCAGUAUUGCAGGAGGGACUGAUAAUCCCCAUAUUGGAGAAGACCCGUCCAUCUUCAUUACCAAGAUUAUACCUGGAGGUGUUGCAGCCCAGAAUGGACGACUCAAGGUGAAUGACUGUAUAGUCCGGGUAAAUGAGACAGAUGUCAGAGAAGUGACCCACAGCGGGGCCGUGGAGGCGUUGAAGGAGGCUGGAGGUCUGGUCAGACUGUGUAUACGACGCAAGAGGAGUCUCACGGACAGAAUCAUGGAUAUAAAGCUAGUGAAAGGUCCCAAAGGGCUGGGAUUUAGUAUAGCUGGAGGAGUUGGAAAUCAACACGUUCCAGGGGACAACAGCAUCUAUGUGACAAAGAUCAUUGAGGGAGGGGCCGCACAAAAAGAUGGACGGCUCCAGAUAGGGGACAAACUUGUAGCUGUAAACGGCUCUUGCCUGGAAGAAGUAUCUCACGAGGAAGCAGUGGCUGCUCUGAAGUCGACCCCUGAUGUUGUUUAUCUUCGUGUGGCCAAACACAGCUCUGUAUUUAUCAAUGAAAACUUCCCUCCUCCUGAUGUCACCAAUUCCUACCCACCACAUCAGGACAACCAUGUAAGUCCCUACAUGAGUGGAAGUCAGUCUGUGAGCCCUGCCCCACUGACCACACCUAGAUACUCGCCAAUGCCCAGGUCCAUGACUGUGGAUGAUGAUGUCACAAGGGAACCCAGGCGUGUGAUGCUCCAGAGAGGAUCUACAGGUCUCGGUUUCAACAUUGUUGGAGGGGAAGAUGGAGAGGGAAUCUUCAUCUCCUUCAUUCUAGCAGGUGGUCCAGCUGAUCUGUGUGGGGAACUCCACAAGGGAGACCGGAUCCUAUCGGUGAAUGGUGUAGACCUGUCAAGUGCAACGCAUGAGCAGGCAGCUGCAGCACUAAAGAACGCCGGGCAAACUGUCACCAUUGUUGCACAGUAUAGACCAGAAGAGUACAGUCGUUUUGAGGCAAAGAUCCAUGACCUGAGGGAACAGAUGAUGACUAGCAGUGUCAGUUCCAGCUCCACAUCACUUCGAUCCACACAGAAACGCACACUUUACGUCAGAGCGCUCUUUGACUAUGACGGAAGUGCAUCAGACCUGAGCAUGCCCAAUCAGGCCCUGCCUUUCCGUUUUGGGGACAUCCUUCAUUUGAGCAGUGCUGGUGAAGAGGAGUGGUGGCCCGCCCGUCAUCUCAGUCCCCCACCCCCAAACUGCCCUGAAGUUGGAGUCAUCCCCAGCCGCAGAAGGGCAGAGAAGAAGGAGAGGUCAAGGUUAAAGACGGUCCGCGUGAUGAGGCCUCACGAUAGAUCAGAUCAGGAUGAAAAGGCUGGCCAAGAGGAGACCUUCCUAACCUACCAACCAGUCAUGCAACAGGAAGUGAAUUAUACCCGCCCUCUUAUCAUUCUUGGGCCAAUGAAAGACAGAGUGAAUGAUGACCUCAUCUCUGAGUUUCCUGACAAAUUUGGCUCCUGCGUUCCACACACAACUCGUCCACGUCGAGACUACGAAGUGGAUGGCAGAGAUUACCACUUCAUGUCCUCCAGAGAGCUCAUGGAGCGAGAGAUCCAGGAGCACAAGUUCAUUGAGGCUGGGCAGUAUAAUAACCACCUGUAUGGAACCAGCAUACAGUCUGUUAGAGAAGUUGCUGACAAGAGUAAACACUGUAUACUGGAUGUAUCGGGGAAUGCGAUAAAACGUCUGCAGUUGGCAGGCCUGUAUCCUAUUGCCAUCUUAAUUCGGCCAUGCAGUGUUGACAACAUCCUGGAGAUGAACAAGCGUUUUACUGAGGAGCAGGCAAGAAAGUCUUUUGACAGAGCAAUCAAACUGGAACAGGAUUUCACAGAAUAUUUCACUGCGAUUGUUCACGGCUCGUCUCUGGAGGAAGUGUAUUCGCAAGUCAAGCAGAUCAUAGAGGAGCAGUCCGGUCCUUACAUCUGGGUGCCCACGAAGGAGCGACUCUGAGAAAACACAGCACCAUACGACACGUUUGUAAAACACCAACUUUGGCAUCACUCUCGGCCUGUUUCUCCGCUUCCUCACACAUACCUCCAGGUUCUCACACACACAUAUUUACACAAGCACACAAACACAGGAGGCUGAGACUAUCUGGAACUCCCACUUCCUCAGGAGGGAGGAGCUUGUGUCUUUCCAGCAGCCCAUUGAUGGAUCUUCCGACAGCUCAGUUCCUUAAUGUUUAAGGACGUGGUUCAAAUCAAGGCGACAUGUACCAUUAUCUGAUUUAUUGAUUUCUUUAUUGUUCUAACUAUUGUUGUUGUCGUUGUUGUUUUCAUAUUUACAAAGGGUAAUGCAUUCACAUAUGGGUUUGUAACAAUAAUAUUGUCACCAAGAGGCAGACUUUUGCACGCUGUAGCUUUAAGAGCAUGUUUUUGGGGGACAAAAUCUUGAUCUCCUUCCCUUUGUGUCCGUCUUUCUCCAUGGCAUUGCUCCACUUUAUACUGAAAUAUCUCUGUGACUCUCGCUCUGUCUUAACUACCGUUCUCUCCUAGCCUACCACUUCCCUGCCAGACUGCCUCAAACCUUUUAAUUAAAUAUGAGCUGAAGUUUUAAAUAUGCCCUGGCAUUGUGGUAAACAUAUACAAAUAUUGCUUAGAAAUGUAGCAUAAAUAUGAACACACUAUCAACUAAAGCUAUAAUACAAACAUUCAAUUAGGUUGCAUUCAAGUAAUCAGGAGAGUGUUUCCGAUAUUUAGUCCGGAUUGUGCAUUGGGCCUGUUUUUGUCAAACCUUUAAUCGUAACUCGAGCUCUUCUAAAGCCAAGGUACAUAGAGAGAUUUGAGAAGAAUAUGAUAUACUGUAUUACAAAGUCUUUAUACUCUAUAUGUACUUUGACCCAUCAUGAGGCCAAAAGGCUGCAGUGCAGUGAUUUUUUUUCUCCUUUAGGUUUAUUUAACUUUUCACUUUUAACACUUGGCUAAAUGUGAGUCCUGCCUUCCCAGUUUACAUAAGUUGGUUCAGUUUUAAUCUACAUGGAUUCAUAUGCCUUUUCUGCUCUUCUUUUGUGGCUAUAUUUAUAUGGACAUCAUUAUUCCAAUAUUAACCCAAUUAAGGCAAUACAGUGAUAAUACACUGUUACAAGUAAGUAAAGAUUGCCAGAAUAGUCCGUUCAACAUUAUUAUUAUAUAUAACUGUACUUGUGGACUUUGCAUUUUUAAUCAAAUUUUAUUUUAAUUUAAUAUUAUUUUAAAUUAAAGGGCAUUGAAUCAAUUGCAAGUGCAAUUUAGCAUGUCAAAGAAGAUGUUUCACCUCUCAUUCCAGCAAGUUUUGCCGGUUUAUGCUGAAAGACGGGUGAGGACGUCUCUAGUCUGAGGGUAUAGUGCAGGAUCCAAAGAUGUAUUCUCUAAGGUAGUGGCACCCCACGACACACACACACAAACGGAUGCACCUAAAACCAAAGGUGGCGUCGCAUUUGAUAUUUAUUAGAAGUUAACUUAUUGAAUUUUUUUAGGAAGGGAUGAAAUGAGAGCACCCUUCCUUCCUCUUGAGCAUUAACUGCUCGGAUGAGAGGCAGAAGACAAAAAAAACAAUGCCCUGGAUGAAUGACAACAUUCACAAUUACAGUAUGUACUUGAACAUGUUAAGUGAACCCCAAUUGGAAUAUUCUAUGACCAAUCACCACAGUUUGGUAAUAGGAGUAUCUUAGUCCAUGUAAACAUAACCAUGAGUGUCUCAAGCCUUCCAUCUUCUCCACUGUCAGUGCGGCAUAGCUUUAUAAACCACCACGACUAUUACAAGUGUCAUUGUUGUAGCUUUCCUUCUUACUGCUGUUGCACUAAAGGGGGCUUGCUCCUUAAAAGCAUCUUUAACAGUAUUUGAGGUGUGAUUUUGAAUAUGUGAUUGAGUUGCGUCGUCCUGUUAUAUAGCUUAUGAGCUAUAUUUCAAGGCUAAAGUGGAGCUAUUUAAGUCUUGCCAUGUACAUGAAGUGAUUUUUGGAAUUGCUGGUCUUGCUGAGCCUUCAGCUCCACCAUGCACAAAUUGCACCCGAGACUCGCCACAUAAAUGACCUUUGCCCUCGUGCAUAAAACUAUAGUUUGGUGGCAUAGCCUUCUCUCCACAAAACGUUUUAUGGGAAGCCCAGAUGAGUCAUAUAAUGUUAGUACAUAUCAAUCCACAGGAAAAAAAAUACUUCAUGCAUGAGUGCGUGCAUGCACAAAAAGUGGAAGAAGCCAUCAUGAUAAUCAUGAACCCUAAAGUCAGGCAGGUCAGCUGUCACCUUUUUGUAGUCUGGUGAUUCAUGAAUACAGCUAUUAUUUGUUUACAAGAGAACUUCUCAGGGCAUCAUAGCUUCUACAGCAUCCUCCAGGGAAAUAUAACAAUUACUCAUCAUAGUUUUGUGCGGGGAACACUAUGACUAUGAUUCAUAAAGUCACAGUUCUCUUCAGAGCUCAGGUCAUGAAUGGGGCUUCUCUCGAAUAAGGCGAUGGUUUGUUAUAUCAUGUCAAUAUCUUAAGUACUAAGAUGCUUUGGGAAAUGCAGCCCCAGAUGGACCUUGCCAGUUACCUGUUUCCCAUUUCCAACUUCCACCCUGAAGCUGACUUGGAUCCCAGAAUCUCACCGAGAAGCCAGUUCUGUUGAACACCUACAUUGUGUGUGCUUUUUAAAGCUUAAACAUCUCCCAUUCUGCUCAAAAUGUUGAGCUAAAUUGUACUUCUUUCCAUCGAUAAUUGUCUAGGAAACUUGGCAUAAUAACAGAACUGGACUGUGUGAUUUUGGCUUUGUGCUUCGGCCGGGGGAUCAUGUCACAUGUCUGUUAGAGUUAAGCACUGAUGCAAAGAAUCUAUUUCAGAGAUGGAUCUCUAUAUUACACAUUAUAAUAUUUAUCCCUGCGCUAACUGCCUAUUUUGGUACAAAAAUAAAGGUCUUUAUUGAGAUCAAA